CCACGCACUACUGUCUGUCUCUCCUUUAAAACCCACAAACGAAGGUUGGGUCUCCCUACUCUCUCUCUCCACGCUUUACAACUCAACCCCCGCACCACCACCAGUCCACCACCACAAUCCCAGGGCGGCGCCGCGGCCGGCAAUGGCGGGCGGCGGCGGCGAGUACCUGCGCCAGUUCGUCGAGGAGACGGCCUGGUACAACGAGAUCUUCCUCAGCCAUGUGGUCCCGGGCGACUGGUGGCGCGCCCUCCCCCACCCGCUCCAGUCGUGGCUCCGCAACGGCCUCGGCGGCUACCUCAUCUACUUCGCCUGCGGCUUCCUCUGGUGCUUCGUCAUCUACUACUGGAAGCGCCACGCCUACAUCCCCAAAGAUUCUAUACCUACAAUCGAAGCUAUGAAGAAGCAAAUAAUUGUUGCAUCAAAGGCUAUGCCUCUCUAUUGUGCCCUUCCAACCUUAUCUGAGUACAUGGUUGAGAAUGGAUGGACACAGUGUUAUGUUAAUAUCAGUGAAGUUGGUUGGCCAAUGUACCUGGUUUAUCUGGCUUUAUAUCUUAUCUUUGUUGAGUUUGGAAUUUACUGGAUGCACAGAGAGUUGCAUGACAUAAAGCCAUUGUACAAGUACCUGCACACAUACCACCAUAUUUACAACAAGGAGAAUACCCUAUCACCAUUUGCAGGACUAGCAUUCCAUCCACUGGAUGGGAUUUUGCAAGCCAUACCGCAUGUGUUUGCGCUCUACCUUAUCCCAACACACUUCAGGACACACAUUGCUCUCUUGUUCAUAGAGGCCGUGUGGACAACUAACAUCCAUGACUGCAUUCACGGCAAGGUUUGGCCGGUCAUGGGUGCUGGCUAUCACACCAUUCACCAUACAACAUACCGUCACAACUAUGGCCACUACACCGUGUGGAUGGACUGGAUGUUCGGCACCCUUCGAGAGCCAGAAGAUAUCUUGAAGAAGGAUUAGGAUCGAAUUGUUAAGCACGGCGCGACGUUCGCCUCUCGUCUUUGUAGCAGUCGGAAGAAGGGGGUUCUAUGUAUUUAUCCUGCUCGAUGCUAUCUGUUAUCUUUCAUGUACCAAUGUGCUGUUUCAGUAUGCUAGGUGAACAUAAAAGUGAACUUUAGUGAGUUCAUCAUCCCUGGAAUGCAAUGGAAUCGAGAGAUAUAUCCUGGGUAGGUUCCAGGUGUUUGUACCAUUCCUGAAUUUCUCUGUACUUCUUUGUGUCAAAGAACAUGAUGAACAGUUGUGGCCAGCUUUUGUACAGCAAUAACUGUUUUAUUGUAACUGCUGCCAUCCUUUUGUAUCA